AUGUCAAAUAGUAAUGAACAGGUUAUGCCAUUAAGUUUUAUUUUAUCUGAUACUCGUAUAGAAGUUCAAGAUUAUGAUUAUAUUGAAUGGUCAUUUAUUGGGAAUAGUUUAAUACAAAAACGUGAAGAAUUUCAUGAACAAAUUGAUUUCUAUAAAAGUUAUGAUAAUCAACAUCAUUUAAUAACAAAAUUAUUAAUUGAUAUAAUCGAACAAGAGACACCAGAAUAA